AUGGCGUCCUUCGACAAACUUCAAAUUGAUAUUAUGUCUGGAGAAGGAAGUAAACCAAAAGCAACUAAAGAUGAUGCUUAUGCAUAUCUUAGGGAUGUGAAGGAUAGAUUUGACGGUAAAAAAUAUAACGAAUUCUUUAAAGUUAUGAAUGAUUAUAAAUCUCAGAGCAUUGAUAGAAAAGGUUGCAUAAAAAGGGUAGAAAAACUACUUAAAGGACACAAAGACUUGAUUUCGGGUUUUAAUGUUUUUUUGCCAAAGUCUUUGGAGCUCGAUGAUUAG